AUGCCACAGAAAAAGAAGAUAUCACUCAUUGAGCAAAAUAAGCAAAGACCUACUGCCGAGCGUAAGUUGGAGACAGGCGAUUUUCAGGAUAGAACUGGGUGUUCAGGUGCACCAAGAACAGUUGCUUGCCCUACUCCAUGCAACCUGAGUCUUUCUGGGGCUCCCAGUGUAGAAACUGGUGAUUCAUUGGAAAUCUCAUGGAAGACCUUUCUAUCUGUAUUAAGGUCAAUGGAGGAAUGUUCAGAAAACAAGAUGAAUGCCUUGGUUCCACAGUUAAUAACAUCUCAACCAGUUCUCUCACGGAAGAAGAUUGCCAUCAAGCCUGAAAAAAUAAGAAAAGGCAGAUCAAGUGCACUCCCUGUUAUCCUAAAACCUGGAGAAAAGCCAAAUGUAAUACUCCAAAAGGAAAGGGAGCUGAGUGCUGUUGUUCACAACUCAAAGCAAGAUGGAGAAAAAAUUAGAAACGUAUCAGGUCAGCCUGAUUCCUGUGGAAAGACUCCUAAAGGAGACAUAUGCCAUACAGGAAGCAAAACCAAGAUAGAUCAAGCAUCAAACGAAUCACUACCUGAGCCCAAAGGUAUGGUCCAAAGACAGCGGGAAGUACCUCUUUUAAUUCCCCAAGAAAACACGUCCCUGACACACAAGUUCAAGAAAGGAAACUUAGUAUUGACAAAUCUUAAGGAACGGCAUCAGCAGUCUUCACAAGCAGAGGCAGUUUCUCAGUCGCAGCUGCCAUCACAAGAGAGCAGUCGCAUGGGAUCAAACAGAGUUUUCCGUCAGAAAUUAAAUAGCACUAUUAGUGUACUCCCUCACCUGGACUGCCAAGUUAAGACCAAUUUGGUUUCAAGUGCUGUGAAGUCUCAGCCACAAGAUGCUAUCCUUCCACAAAUAGCCACAAAGAACUUGCAGAAUGUAAAUACAUUGCACCAGCUGGAAAACAGAGCCCAAGGACAGUCAUUUCCUUCAAAUCUGCCUGAAAACAGUACCAGAGUGCUGUCCAGCAAGACAGAAGCAGAAAAAGCCCAUAAUCUAAAGCUACCUCUGACUUCAACAGAAGCCUUGAAACAUUUUAAAAACCAGCUAACACUGUAUGAACAACGGGAAAUUAAGGAAUAUAGAGAGCUGUGGUUUCUUGGACUGGGAGCUAAAAAGAUUGAAGGAUAUGCUGAUGCGGAGAACAAUAGCUCCUAUGACGAUGAUCAUGGCUCCUACAAAAAGGUUCUAAGUGAUCAUAUUGCAUACAGAUAUGAAGUACUUGCUAUUAUUGGGAAAGGGUCUUUUGGGCACGUUGUGAAGUGCUUGGACCACAAGACAGGUGAAAAAGUAGCAGUGAAAAUAAUAAGGAACAAAAAGAGAUUUCAUAAUCAGGCCUUGGUAGAAGUCAGCAUCCUCAACGCUCUGCGGCAAAAGGAUGAAGACAAUGCUUACAAUGUUGUCCACAUGAAAGAAUAUUUUUACUUUCGUAAUCAUUUCUGCAUUUGCUUUGAACUGUUAGGUAUAAAUUUGUAUGAACUAAUCAAGAAAAAUAAUUUCCAAGGUUUUACAGUGGGUCUGAUUCGUCGUUUCACCCAGUGUAUAUUAAGAUGUUUACAACUGUUGUACACAGAAAAAAUUAUCCACUGUGAUCUGAAGCCUGAGAACAUAUUAAUAAAUCAACCUCAACCUGGGCAAAUUUCAUUUAAAGUUAUCGACUUUGGAUCAAGCUGCUACGAACACCAAAGAGUGUAUACAUAUGUCCAGAGUCGAUUUUAUCGUUCACCAGAAGUUAUUCUUGGUCAUCCCUACGCAGCCCCUAUAGACAUGUGGAGCCUGGGAUGCAUCAUGGCUGAGCUCUACACAGGGUACCCACUUUUUCCUGGGGAGAAUGAAGUAGAGCAGCUUGCAUGCAUUAUGGAGAUAUUAGGUCUUCCACCAGAUGAUUUCAUUCAGACUGCAUCAAGAAGACGAACAUUCUUUGAUUCCAGUGGUACCCCAAAAAAUCUUACAAAUAGCAGGGGGAGAAUAAGAAAGCUGAACUCCAGGGAUCUGAGCACUGUAUUGAAAACAUAUGAUGCUGCUUUUCUGGAUUUUCUGAAAAAAUGCCUUGUAUGGAAACCUUCCCUGCGUAUGACUCCAGAAGAUGCAAUGCACCAUCCCUGGAUGCAGGAUCCAUGGUUGCAUAAAGCAAAACAAAAGCCCAAGACUGCUGCAAAGCCAAGCGAGGGCUCCUUCUCCAUCCCAGAGAAGAAGAAAGAAAAUGCUCAUAAAAAUGCACAACCAGAGAGAGGUUAUGAAAUCACUUGGCACCACUCCACUGGAGAAAUAAAAUCUGAUCCCUCUGAAAAGUUACCUGUUGCAAACCAAAAAUUAUCGCCCAUCAUCUCAUCACAAGAAACAAAUGGAGAUGAAAGUCAGGAUUCCAACAAGCAGGAUACGACAGAAAAAGAAAUGGAAACCCCACUAGACAAAGCUGUUAAAACAGAACAGCGAGACCAUAGGACUGAGAAAGUCUUGCACAAAAAUACAAGUAUCUUGCCACCCAUUAAGUACAAGCAGUGACUAGUUCUAUUUGCAUACCAUUUGAGGUAUGACUUUAGGUAACUAUUCUGCUGUAAUAUGUUCACAAACAGAAAUUUAAUGUAUCUGUCCACAUGUGGUCUGUGCACAUUUCUUGAUGUGGAGUAAGACUGUAUGAGUGAAAAUGGGUACUUUUUUUGAAAUUUAGAUGGGAUACCCUUUUGCUCUGUUUUGGGUCAAGAUUUAAUUUUUCUUGGAACAGAGGGGAUAAACUCUGUUCUACUCUGAGUACUGAAGAGCAAGGAUGGGGAGAAUAUGUCUGACCUCUACAGGCAUUGCUUUUAUUGCUCGUGAGCUGUUAUUUCAGAUACCAGAGGUUUUUUGUGUCAUGUUUUUAGAUAAAGACUCGCAAAUCUUGGGCCUAUGGGCACAUUUUGAAAUUUGAAAACUUUGGGCACAUCCCCCUCCUCUCAACCUCUACCCUACCCAACCUUAUCCUUCUUAUCCACCCCUCAAAAAAGAACAAACCAAAAUAAAAAAAAAAACCUCCAGGAAACCCUUCAAAAACCAAAGCAUCACUCCUCAAUGAUUCGCACUACACUUCCUGUCCCCCAGCAGAUACCAGCAGUUCCCUUUCUCUCUCAUCCCUGUUCCUCUUUAUAAAACAAAACAAAACAAAACAGGCAGCCUGGGUGGGCUUUCUUACAUGCUACAGCUGCCCAACUCUCUUUUUCUAAU